AAGCUGAAAGACAGUUGAAAAGUUAAACAAUCUAUUUAGCAUGGUAGCUGUAAGUGAAAAGAAAUAUUGGUAGACAGUGAAAAACAGAUAAUGGAAUGAGAACCCUUAAAAUGGCCUUACACUAUUUAAAGUUAUUUAUUUUAAAAGUAUUUCAGACUAUUUUAAAACUAUUUAACUUGACAUGAAUCUUAAUUUUUUUUUUUUUUGGCAUAUUGUAUAAAAUUCUUUUACAGCCUUAGAUUUUCUAAUAGGAUUGUUAUAAAGAUUCAUUAGGAUAAUUUUUAACAAAGUCUAUGGCCCAUACUGAGUGUUAAGUUGUUGAAUUGCACCUAGUAACUGAUAAUAAUGUAGCAGAGAAAGGACUAGAGUCAGACCUGAGUGUGCAUCCCUACUCUAGGGAUUAUAAGCCAUGACUUUGGGCACAUUGAGAAAGUGCCUACCAGAGUACGUGGGCUAUUAGUAGACUUUCUGUAAGUAUUUGUAACCUUUAUCCUCAUUUUGUGAGGAAAGACAGACCAUAGAUUAUGCCAUCUUAGAGGUAAUCAAUAGUAUGUUUGAUUUGGGCCUCAGUAGAGGUCUUUUUCCUAAAACGUCUAGUGAAGCCAGGCCUCAUUAGAACUAUAGUCAGACUAACCAGAAAAGCAAGUUAUUUCAACAUCUGAACAAACAAAAGAGCAUUUCAAGUAAUGCUGUUACUAUAGCUGAUUUUAAAAAUUGGCAGUGAGCAGUUGAAAAUCUUACACUUCAUCUUUGUCAGUUCACCAUAGUCCAUCUUUGGGGAGGAAGCAUAGAGAAUUUCACACAGGCAGAAGUGAAGAAGCUCUGAAGAGCUGACUUAGAAUGCUUUCUUUUCAUAAGUCUCACUGUUAAAUUCAUGUGUUUAUUUUGCAAUGGUAUGCACACAAGUAUGGGUUCCCUAGGUUAAGCAUUUAGGAAAAACACAUUAUGAAAUAUGGCUAGACACAAAAAAUUGUUAAAAUAUCUGUUAAAUUGCCAUUUCACUUUUUUUUUUUUUUUUUUCCCAAUAAAACCUGUUCUAUGUUGGAUGGGGUUUUCUAAGUCCCACUUGGUGGUCAAAUUAAUUGUAGUAUUUAGAUGCGAUCACAAGCCAUGCUUCUUGUUUUGCAAGUCCUUGUUGAUGGCUGAAUUAGGUAAGUUCUUAAUUCAGGUCUGACAGUCCUAAGUUUCAGUUCACCUGUUCCCCUUAACUAACCUCUAUCCCUGAACUUUUUCAAGAGUAAAUCAGAGAUAAUACUUUAUAGGAUUGUCAUAAAGAUUGAGAUAAUGUUUGAACAGUGCCAAGUCCAUGAUAAGUGCUAAGUAAAUGUAGAAAGUCCAGGAAAUGAUAAGAUUAUUGAUAGAAAGCAUGCCCAGAAAGCACUCUCUUAGCCUAAGGAAGUUUCAGUUAAGCUGCAAAAAAGGUAUACAGUUGACUGUCCAUUUCCACGAGUUCACAUUCACAGAUUGAACCAACUGCAGGACAAAAAUAUUGGGGGGAAGUUGUAUAUAUACUGAACAAGUACAAACCCUUUUUUGGUAAUUAACACUAGUAAUACUGCAUGACAAUUAUUUAUGUAACAUUGACAUUGUAUUAAGAAUUUGGGGCCAACGCUGUGGCAUAUUAGAUUAAGCCGCCACCUGCAGUGCUGCCAUCCCUUAUGGGUGCCUCUUCCUGUUCCUGAUGCUCCACUUCUGAUCCAGCUCCUGACUAGGAGUGCUUAGGAAAAGCAGGGGAGGAUGGCCCAAGUACUUGGGCACCCACAUCCACAUUGGAGACCCGUGGCUUUGGCCUAGCCCAGCUCCAGCCGUUGUGGCCAUUUGGGGAGUGAACCAGCAGAUGGAAGAUUAAUCUCUCUGUCUCUCUCUCCUCUAUCUCUGCCUUUCAAAUAAAAUCAAUCUUUUAAAAAAAUAAAAGAAUUCUAAGUGGGUCUGGCACUAUGGCACAUAUGGCACUAAGCCACCACCUGCAGUGCCAGCAUCUCAUAUGGGCACCCUUUUGAGUUCGGCUGUUCCAUUUCCAAUCCAGCUCCCUGCUAAUGUGCCUGGGAAAGCAGCGGCAAGAUGGCCCAGGUGCCUAGGCCUGUGCACCCACAUAGGAGACCCAGAUGAAGCUUCUGGCUCCUGUCUUCUGCAUGGUCCAGCCCUUGCCAUUGCAGCUAUUUGAGGAGUGAACCAACAAAUGGAAGAUCUGUCUCCCUCUCUCUGUAAUUCUGAUGUAAAUAAAUAAAUCUUUUUAAAAAAUAGAGUCGUCUUCUUUUGGCCGGCGCCGUGGCUCAACAGGCUAAUCCUCCACCUUGCGGCGCCGGCACACAAGGUUCUAGUCCCGGUCGGGGUGCCGGAUUCUGUCCCGGUUGCCCUCUUCCAGGCCAGCUCUCUGCUGUGGCCAGGGAGUGCAGUGGAGGAUGGCCCAAGAGCUUGGGCCCUGCACCCCAUGGGAGACCAGGAGAAGCACCUGGCUCCUGCCAUCGGAUCAGUGCGGUGCGCCAGCUGCAGCGCGCCAGCGGCAGCCAUUGGAGGGUGAACCAAUGGCAAAAGGAAGGCCUUUCUCUCUGUCUCUCUCUCUCUCUCUCUCACUGUCCACUCUGUCAAAAAUUAAAAAAAAAAAAAUAGAGUUGUAAGUAACCUAGGGAUGAUUUAAAGUAUGCAGAAAAAAGUACAUAGGUUACCUGCAAAUACUCUACCACUUUAUAGAAGGGACUAGAGCAUCCUCUGGUCUUAGAGUCAAUCUCCUGUGGAUACGGAGGGGUGACUGCUGGUAACCGAGUUGCACAUCUGAGGUCAUCUCUGGAACUCCUAAGGCUUUCACAUUUUAUAAGAAACAAGCUGCUUUGGAUGAGGGGCCAAAGGCAGGAUUUAGAAUGCUCAGUAAGAGAUCAGUUCUUUAUGGGUUAGCAUUCAUUUCCAGGCAACACUGAUGCAGAGUGUAUCAGUGCUGCUGUUUCGCCAUAGUACACAUUUCCUUUAGACUUAAAAUGAUAGUGAAAAGUUGCGGGUUAACAUAGAUUGAUCUCUACUGGAGCUUAUUUAUAUGAGACACAAAUAGAAAGCACUGGUAUUUACUGAGAUUGGCUCUUCCCCUAAGGGGUCCGUUUAAUUAUAUGAAAUAGGAUUCUAAUUAUAAGACUGGUUUCUACACUAAUAUCAAAAAAAUUCACACAACAAUUAAAUGAACCUCUUUGUUCCCUCCCCUAAGAUAACUGUUUCACAACAUUUUGAACCACAGGUUAAAUUUAAUUGUAGGGCUGGACUUCAUGUGAGAACAUUUGCUUGCUCUUCAAAUUAGGCUUUUUAAAAUUCAACUUUUAAAUAAUGUGUUCCUAAAUGUUAAUUGUGGUUGUAGUAUAAAUAAGAACAGCUAGAAAAUCAAAACAUGUUUUAAGCUGUUCGAAAACAUAUCACCCUCUUAAAACAUUUUGCCAGUGCCACACUGGAUUUCAGGUUAUCGCUGCAAUACAUUGGGGUAGAAGUGGGGCCAACAUUGUGGUAUAGUGGGUUAAGCCUCUGCCUGAGAUACCUGCAUUCCCUAUGGGCACUGGUUCCUGCCUCUGACUUUCAAAUAAGUAAAUAUUUUUUAAAAACUUGGGGUACAGUAUAUACUUGAUCAACCAGAAAGAGCAGGUAUGUAAUUCUUCAAACAAAAAUCACCUCACAGAACUCUGUGAAGCUAAUUACUCAAUCUUAUUGGUAAAUUUGAUAGCCCUGGAACAAGCCAUAAUAAUUACAGUGUUUCCCUAUGAAUGGUAUCAAACCCUACAUUUAUGAUUUUUCCAAUAUAUUCAUACCUAUGAUAACAUAAUUUAUAAGUUAGGCACAACAAGAUAUUGACAACAAUAAUUAUGUAAAAUAGAAUUAGUAUGACAAUUUACUGUAAUAAGUUAUAUAAAUGUGGUUCUCUCAGCUGUCAUGGAACAAGAAGCACACACACAGCAUGGACAUACACUUACACAUACACAUACUCAUGGCCUGGACAGGGUGGCAUAAGAUUUCAUCUCUAGGGGCCAGCACUGUAGUGUAGUGAGCCUGCAGCACCGGGAUCCCACAUGGGCACCAGUUCAUGUCCCGGAUGUUCCACUUCCAAUCCAGCUCUCUGCUUAUGGCCUGGGAAAGCAGUAGAAAAUGGUCCAAUGCUUAGGGCUCUGCACCCACAUGGGAGACCCUGAAGAAGCUCCUGGCUUUGGUUUGAUCCAGCUCCAGGCAUUGUGGCCAUUUGGGAAAUGAACUAGUGGAUGGAAAACCUUUCUCUCCGUCUCUCCCUGUGUGACUCUCUCAAAUAAAUAAGUGAAAUUAAAAAAAAAAAAAGAUUUCAUCAUACUACUGGAAUUUAAGACCUAUCGUUUCUGAGAUUUUUCCCUUAGUGUUUUCAGGACCAUUGUUGACUGUGGGUGGGGGGAGAUGUUACUCUAUGGACUAAAGUUGGGUGCUUGCUUCUCUUUGUAAUAAUCAUCUAUUAACUAUUGCCUAAUUUCAUCCACCCUCCACGAGAUCAGAGAAAGAGUUGUGUAAACCAUUCAGGGGGGGUCAUUUCAUUCUCCUAUGAUCUUUACGCGUGUCCAGACAAAGAGGACCUGAAACUGAGCCAGCCAGUCCCUUACUUGAGCAGUAGAUCACUUGGACUGGUGGGGGAGGGGAGGACAGCCAACCAAUCAGAUGCACAGUCACUGCACAUGAAAUAAUGGGCUUCUGAUGAGGGUGUGGCCUAGAAAAAAACGGCUUUUAGAUAAAACUGUCGCUUUGUGGGCCAGCUAUCGGCGGACAUGACACUUCUGCUGUCUUCAGAAUAAUGUUUUCGUGUUUUCUGCACUCCUGAAAGAUCUAGUCCCUAAUCUAGGCUCUGGCUUUUCUGUAGCCUUGGAGGAGGAGGAGCAGACCUAUCUGGGGACUGCUUUCCAUCAGCACAAAGUCCUCCUGCACGCUCGUUGAACAUGAACACUCGAAAAGAAGAAUUACAGGACCGGGCCAUCGUCAGAAUAGCAGCUCAUUUACCGGACCUCAUCGUCUAUGGCGAUUUCUCCCCCCAGCGACCGUCUGUGGAUUAUUUUGAUGGAGUCCUAAUGUUUGUUGAUAUUUCAGGUUUUACGGCAAUGACGGAGAAGUUCAGCACAGCCAUGUACAUGGACCGAGGGGCCGAGCAGCUGGUGGAGAUCCUCAACUACUACAUCAGUGCGAUCGUAGAGAAAGUGUUGAUUUUUGGAGGAGACAUCCUGAAAUUUGCAGGCGAUGCGCUGCUAGCCCUGUGGAAGGUGGAGCGAAAGCAACUGAAAAAUAUCAUCACGGUGGUCAUCAAAUGUAGCCUGGAGAUCCACGGGUUGUUUGGGACCCAGGAGUCUGAAGAAGGCCUAGAUAUCCGAGUCAAGAUAGGACUGGCUGCCGGCCACAUCUCCAUGCUGGUCUUUGGAGACGAAACACGUAACCACUUUCUGGUGAUCGGCCAGGCGGUGGAUGAUGUGCGCCUGGCACAGAACAUGGCCCGGAUGAACGAUGUCAUUCUGUCACCGAACUGCUGGCAGCUGUGCGACCGCAGUAUGAUUGAAAUUGAGAGGAUUCCAGAUCAGAGAGCAGUGAAGGUUAACUUCUUAAAGCCACCCCCUUCUUUUAAUUUUGAUGAAUUUUUCAACAAGUGUAUGACCUUCAUGGACUAUUAUCCUUCUGGUGAUCACAAAAACCUCCUGAGGCUUGCGUGCAUGCUGGAGUCUGAUCCAGACCUGGAGUUGUCCCUACAGAAGUAUGUGAUGGAAAGCAUUUUGAAGCAGAUUGACGACAAACAGCUUCGGGGUUAUCUGUCUGAGCUUCGCCCAGUGACGAUUGUGUUUGUGAACCUGAUGUUUCAAGACCAGAACAAAGCAGAGGUCAUAGGCUCGGCCAUCCAGGAUGCCUGUGUGCACAUCAGUUCUGUCCUGAAGGUCUUCAGAGGCCAGAUCAAUAAAGUCUUCAUGUUUGACAAGGGCUGCUCUUUCCUCUGUGUCUUCGGCUUCCCUGGGGAGAAGGCACCUGAUGAGGUCACUCACGCUUUGGAAAGUGCUGUGGAUAUCUUUGACUUCUGCUCUCAGGUCCACAAAAUCCAUACUGUCUCCAUCGGUGUUGCCAGCGGGAUUGUCUUCUGUGGAAUUGUCGGACACACUGUGAGACACGAGUACACAGUCAUUGGUCAAAAAGUCAACAUAGCUGCCAGGAUGAUGAUGUACUACCCGGGAAUCGUGACCUGUGACUCCGUCACCUACAAUGGCAGCAACCUACCACCCUACUUUUUUAAAGAGCUCCCAAAGAAACUUAUGAAAGGUGUUGGCGAUUCUGGACCAGUCUAUCAGUGUUUGGGACUUAAUGAGAAAGUCAUGUUUGGGAUGGCAUACCUUACCUGCAACAGAAAUGAGGGCUACCCUUUGCUGGGUCGUGAUAAGGAGAUCAAAUACUUCAUGUGUACUAUGAAGGAAUUUUUAAUGUCCAACUGCAGCCGAGUCCUAAUGUAUGAAGGAUUAUCCGGAUUUGGAAAAAGCCGGAUACUUAUGGAAAUUGAGUACCUGGCCCAAGGUGAGAACCACAGGACUAUUGCUAUUGCACUGACUAAGGUCAGCUUCCAUCAGAAUUUUUAUACUAUCCAGAUACUCAUGGCCAAUGUCCUAGGGCUGGAUACUUGUAAGCAUUAUAAAGAACGACAGACCAACCUUCAAAAUAAAGUCAAGAGCCUGUUGGAUGAAAAGUUCCACUGUCUUCUUAAUGACAUUUUCCAUGUCCAGUUCCCUAUUUCACGGGAGAUUUCCAAGAUGAGCACCUUUAGAAAGCAAAAGCAACUGGAAGCUUUGUUUAUGAAGAUCUUGGAGCAAACAGUGAAAGAGGAAAGGAUCAUUUUCAUCAUUGAUGAGGCCCAGUUUGUGGAUUACGCCUCCUGGAUCUUUAUGGAGAAGCUUAUCCGAACCGUUCCCAUCUUCAUCAUCAUGUCGCUGUCUCCCUUCACUGAAAUUCCUUGUGCAGCGGCCAGUGCCAUAAUGAAGAACAGGAACACCACCUACGUCACCCUGGGAGCAGUACAGCCCAACGACAUCCGCAACAAGGUCUGUCUUGACCUCAAUGUGAGCAGCAUCCCCAAAGAACUGGACUUGUACUUGGUGGAAGGGAGCUGCGGGAUCCCAUUUUACUGCGAAGAAUUGGUAAAGAACCUCGACCACCACAGGGUGCUUGUUUUCCAACAGAUGGAGACUGAGGAAAAGACCAAAGUGACCUGGAAUAACCUGUUCAAGAAUUUCAUUAAGCCAACAGAGGAAUUUAAAAUGUCUGGUCUCGGUAAUGAAGAAGGGACUGAAGAAAUCUGUAAACUUGCAAGUGGUGUCAGACUGAAAAAUCUGUCACCCCCAGCAUCCUUAAAAGAAAUCUCUCUGGUCCAGCUGGAUAGCAUGAGCCUUUCCCACCAAAUGUUGGUGAGAUGUGCGGCCAUCAUUGGCCUGACCUUCACUACAGAGUUGUUGUUUGAGAUUCUCCCUUGUUGGAACAUGAAGAUGAUGAUCAAGGCCCUGGCAACUCUAGUGGAAUCCAACAUUUUUGACUGCUUCCGGGAUGGCAAGGAUCUCCGACUGGCUCUGAAACAGAAUGCAGCCUCCUUCGAGGUGCAUAAUCGCUCCUUGUCUCUGCAGCCCACUGAAGGCAUAGCUCACGGGGAAGAGGAGGAGCUUCGUGAACUGGAAAGCGAGGUGAUUGAGUGCCACAUCAUUCGGUUCUGCAAGCCUAUGAUGCAGAAAACAGCCUAUGAGCUGUGGCUCAAGGACCAGAAGAAAGCCAUGCAUUUGAAAUGUGCCCGCUUCCUAGAGGAAAACGCCCACAGGUGCGACCACUGCCGAAGUGGGGACUUCAUUCCCUAUCACCACUUCACAGUAGACAUUCGGCUCAACACCCUGGACAUGGACACCAUUAAGAAGAUGGCUACAUCCCAUGGAUUUGAAACUGAGGAAGAGAUCAAGAUUUCCAGAGCCGGGAUCCCUAAGAACUCUGAGUUAUUUUCCGAAAACCUCAGCCCUGAAGAAAUAGGGGAAAGGAUCUUAGGGUUUUUUGACGUCAUCCUAACGAAAAUGAAGACGUCGAAGGAAGACAUCAUCCCUCUGGAAUCCUGCCAGUGUGAGGAGAUCCUAGAGAUUGUCAUCUUGCCUCUGGCCCAGCAUUUCCUGGCUUUGGGAGAAAACAACAAGGCCUUGUAUUACUUCCUAGAAAUCACAUCUGCGUAUCUCACCCUGGGCGACAAUUACAUGGCAUACAUGUAUUUGAAUGAGGGAGAGAGGCUGCUGAAAACCCUCAAGAAGGAAAAAUCCUGGAGUCAGACUUUUGAGUCUGCCACCUUUUAUAGCCUCAAAGGCCAGGUCUGUUUCAACAUGGGCCAGAUGGUGCUUGCCAAGAAGAUGCUGAGGAAGGCGCUGAAGCUUCUCAACCGAAUCUUCCCUUACAACCUGAUCUCCCUGUUUCUCCACACCCACAUGGAGAAAAACAGACACUUUCACUAUGUGACUCAGCAGGCCCAAGAGAGCUCACCUCCAGGGAAGAAGAGGCUGGCCCACCUCUACCAGCAGACCGCCUGCUUCUCCUUGCUGUGGCAGAUCUACAGCUUGAAUUAUUUUUUCCACCACAAGUACUAUGGCCACCUGGCAGCUAUGAUGGAGCUGAACACCGCACUGGAAACUCAAAAUGAUUUCCAGAUCAUUAAGGCUUACCUGGACUACGCCAUGUACCACCACCUGGCUGGCUACCAGGGCGUGUGGUUCAAAUAUGAAGUCAAGGCCAUGGAGCAGAUCUUCAACCUCCCCCUGAAAGGCGAGGGCAUUGAAAUUGUGGCAUACGUGGCUGGUAAACUGAGCUACAUCAAGUUAAUGAUGGGUUACCUGGACUUGGCCAUUGAGUUAGGCGCUCGAGCCCACAAGAUGUGGGCAUUGCUCCAGAAUCCCAACCAACACUAUGUGGUCCUCUGCAGACUUAGUAAAUCUCUCUUCUUGAAAAACAGAUACAAGCAUCUGAUCCAGAUGCUGAGGAGGCUGUGGGAUCUUUCUGUAGCAGAAGGCCACAUCAUCAGCAAGGCGUUUUUCUAUUUAGUCUGCUUGGACAUCAUGCUUUAUUCCGGCUUCGUUUAUAGAACAUUUGAAGAAUGUUUGGAAUUCAUUAUCCAAAAUGAAGACAACAGAAUCCUCAAGUUCCAAAGUGGACUUCUCCUGGGACUUUACUCGAGUAUAGCUAUCUGGUAUGGCAGACUUCAGGAAUGGGACAACUUCUAUGUAUUUUCUAACAGAGCUAAAACUCUAGUGUCAAGAAGAACCCCGACGAUUCUUUACUAUGACGGCGUAUCUAGGUACAUGGAGGGCCAAGUUCUCCAACUUCAAAAGCAAAUUGAAGAACAAUCUGAGACUGCCCAGGACAGUGGAGUUGAGCUACUCAAGAGCCUGGAGAGUCUGGUGGCUCAAAAUACUACUGGCCCCGUCUUCUACCCAAGGCUCUACCACCUGAUGGCCUACAUCUGUAUACUCAUGGGAGACGGGCAGAACUGUGACCUCUUCCUGAACACAGCCCUGAAGCUCUCUGAAAUACAGGGGAACGUGCUAGAGAAAUGCUGGCUGAACAUGAGCAAGGAAUGGUGGUACUCAAACUGUACGCUAACAGAAGACCAGUGGCUGCAUACGAUCCUGAGUCUCCCGGCGUGGGAAAAAAUUGUAUCCGGCAAGGUGAACAUCCACGACGUUCAGAAAAACAAAUUUCUCAUGCGAGUUAACAUCCUGGACAACCCCUUCUAACGUGCUGGGGGGGAAAAAGAGCAAAGAUGUUAACGAGAUCCAUGCCCUUGCAAUGUUCUGUUUUUGAUCCUUCUCUGUAGCCAGCACCCUCCGGGUUCUUUUUUUCCACACUCUCUUCUCUUGCAGACACGGAGCCGGGGAAGUUGGCUGCUUCUUCCUUGGAGAGACAGAGAGGGUGGCCAGUGUUAUGCUUUGCUUCCUCUAACAUUGCCUUUCCUUUCUGUCUUUUGUUUAAAGCCCUGACCUGUGUAUUUCAGCCCAUGCAAAACUGUACCAUAUAGGAAGACGGUGCGACACCUUGUGUUGCGACAGACCCGUGUCUGGUUAAUGUAUUAAACUGCAAGUGUUUUAUUUUUAAAUGUUCA